GGCUCGCGCGGCGGUCAGAAGAGGAGCUGCGAAUUGGUGCCCUUGAGGGCUUGGCCAAGAUGGCGGCCGCGGGGCCGCCGCUGACAUGGGACAUUUCACCAAAAAAUGGCCAAGAAGUAUUUUUCUCCCAUGAACUUUAUGAAAAAUAUUCCUUGUCUCUGAGCCUCUCUGAACUCUGGCAUUUAUCAAACAGAGAAGCUAAGAAAAAUGUGGAGGCAUUGGCAAACUCUUCAGAAAACAGGCAGACUUUUAGCACGCAGGCUGCAGAAUCACUUGAGGUGGAGGCUAAAAGCCCAGCUGAUGACAAUCCUCUUCCAGAACCCAGACUCCCCUAUCCAUUUACCUCUUGUUUGACUGAGAAGGAGCAGAAAACAUAUUUGUAUCUGAUGACUAAAUUCUCAAAAAAAAGAAACCAUUUCCAAGUCAGUGCAGCAAGUCAAAGAGAAUUUUUCACAUAUAUGCAAAUGAAAGAAGUAGUAAACAAUGAAAUUGCAGAAUUUAUGAAAUUUGCCCAAAAUGCUGCAAAGAGCUGUGCCCAAGAUUAUGAUACCAUCUCUGAAGAUGCACUCUGUUAUACCGAGGAAUUGCUACGUGUGUGUAUUGGGCAUGUACAGAAGUAUCCAGAGUUUUACACCCUGAAGGAGGUCAUGAGUAUCAUGGGAGGAAAGUUUCAUACACAGCUGACCUUCAGGCUGGAAAAAAGUCUUCUUGCAAUGGGUACAGUAAGACAUGGUAAAACAGAUUUCCCUUCCAUGCCUGUUCAGCUGCCCACAGAUUAUAGCACUGUUACAUCUAUUAUAACCCCAGAAAAAAAGGCUCAUGUUAUGCAUAAUGAUGUUAGUUCAGAUUCAAAUGCAGAAAAACUUGCUUUGAAGUACUGUCCUCAAGUUGUUUUAAGUGAUCAAUCAUUAUUUACUUUACUGAAUAAUCAUGGACUAAACUACAAGGAGCAGUGGGAAAUUCCAGUUUGUGUUAAAGUGAUCACUGUUGCAGGUAGCAAACCAGCUAAAGUGGUUUAUGUUGAUCCACCUCUGCUGAAAAAAGAAAUGACAGUAAGAGAGAGGAAUCAAAUCUUCCAUGAAAUUCCAAUGGAUUUCCUAGGAACUAAAACAUCUUAUGUUUCCAUUUCUGAUGUAUCAAUGGACAAACCAGCUGAGGAUAACCUGUUUCAGUGGGAUGUGUGUUCUGACACCUACCAGUGCAGGACAGUUCCUCCUCCAGAUGACACAGGGAUGGACUUCGAUGAUGAUGUUACAGAGCUUGAAACUUUCGGAGCAGCUACCAAGGUCUCAAGAACUUGUAAAAUGGAAAGCACUUUUCCUGCAGCUAAUAACACUGCUAAAAUUUUACCUCAUGGCCUAAAAAUGGGGGAGAAGAAUUCAUCCACCAUAAACAGUGGAGAUGAAGAGGAGAAAAACCCACUUUCUGAGCGAGAAGAUUCAGCAUGUGCCAGUGUGCAGCGUCCGUCAUUAAAUGGCAUUCCGUGCUUCAGCCCUCAAGAGCAUUCUCCUUGUAAAAGCUUUCAGUCAGUAGAGAUAGGACUGAACAAAACACAGGAUGUCUUGACCAAGGAAGUAUUGGACAAUGAAACAAAAUUAAAUCCUCUAUCUGUUGCAGUGAGUUCUGAGAAAGAGCCUGAUGCUGCACAGAAAAGAGAGACUUACACUUCUUUAUGCAGUAGUGACACAGACGAAGAGCGUUUGGUGAUUGAUUCAGACUAUGAAACUACUGCUUGUUGCCAACCUGCUGUACCAACCACUGUUUCUUGUACCUCAGCAGAGACUGCCAGGUCUCCUUCCCCUACCCAGUGUCCUUUAGCAAGCAUCAGUGACUGCUCAGAUACCAUGGAUCAAGGAAAAAAAACCUCCAAGAAACCUCCAAGAAAGUUAUCCAGAGAAUUGGAUCCUGUCGGGGAAAUUUUGAAAAUGCAAACUGAACUUCUCAAGUCCCCUUCCCAAAAAGCUCAUGAGCCAGUGGUGAGCUCUGAUAAUUCUAAUGCUGUGACAGCCCAGCUGCCUCAGUCUCCAAAAACACUGGUGACCUCUAGCACAGAAACUCUGCCAACUCCAGCCUCCAAUCCCACCAGCUCCUCCAGAAAUACGUGGACAUGGCUUUUUGAGGGAGUGCCAGAGAGAAAGCUGCCAAGUGAACUUCUGCUGCUUGAAGAGGACCCUUCAGAGUAUCAAGAACCUGAAGAAGGCAAUGUUGUGUACAAGCUCUUCAGUUUGAGUGAUCUUUUGUUACUCGUGCGUUGCAAUGUGCAGAAAGUCAGGUCACUGCAACAAUACCAGAAAAAGAGAAAAGCCCAAAAGCCGACUCCCCUGUUCCUGUUACCAAAACUGGAAUACCAAGCCUACUAUGGUGUUGAAGCUCUUACAGAAAGUGAAGUGUGCCAACUGUGGACACAGAGUAUGCUGAAUUCUAAAUGCUUAUUUUAUGUUGGACAUAUUGAUGCUUUUACAUCAAAGCUUAUUAUGCUAGAAAAGAUUUCUCCAGAAACUUUAAAAGAAAAACUUGGAUUGAUUAAACCUGCAAAUUCAUUAAAUAUACUCCAUAAUGUUUUGAAGAAGGUGUCUGAUUUGGAGGAGGGCUCUUAUUUAUUGACUCAUGCUGCAGGAGAUUCAUCAGUUUCAAUUUACAAGAGUUCCCUUGACAAGAGCAGAUCAUCCUAUAAUUUGCACAAAGCUCACAGUGAUCUACCUGCUGUACCUGCCACUCUCUCAGUCCCAUGGGUUCCACUGGAUCCCAACCUCCCUUUGCCCUGCCACAUAAGCAGUGGAAGAGUUCCAUGCACCUUUCCACCUGCACCCUGGGAAGGGUGGAAACAGAAGAUGACUGGGGUGAAAGGACAAUCAGACACACCCCACGAAGGAAGGCCAGUAGCUAUGGAAACAAGAGGCAAGCCAGCUCAGCCUGUUAGAAAUGAAGGUGUGGCUCCAAAGAAGCUGAGGAAGACUUUCUGCAAGCAGAGAAAAGUGAAGAAAAAGUGGAAAACUAAAUUCAAUAAAAUGCAACUGAAGUAGGAAUAAACCUGAAGAAGAACAAGAGGACACAAGAAAUCUGAGGUUUCUUGCAGCUUCAGAGGAGGCAGAACAAGCUGGCAGGAGAAAUGGCUCCAAUAGCUGAAGCAUUCUCUAAACCUUUAACCCUUUGGUGUCUCAAGGGAUAUGUUUCAUGUGAAAAUCUCAAAAUCAGUCAGGGAAAAAAAAAAGAUGUGGCUGCAGCCACUUGGCUGGUUAUGGGGAACAGAGUAUCUUCUGUUGGUCUGGUGAUUUUUAUAUAAAAGCUGCAUCUUGAAGAGUGAAGCAGUGGCUGACAACAACCUCUAACACCAUGUAAUAAGAAAUGCAGCUUCUCAGCUUUCCCAGUUCUUCCAGAUUCACUACAGAUUUUUGUUCUCACAUAUUUUAAAGAUAUAUUUCACUUUGUACAUUGUGUAUAGGGGAACAACUUGGAUUUAAUUAUUUAGCUUUUUUGAUUCGUGGUGUCUACUGGCUUUUAAAUAGCUAACAAAAAGACGUUCUUUUUUGAAUGGUGUAACAAAUGAAGGACAAAAGCUGUGCUCAUUUGAAUAAAUUUGCAUUGGGAAACUUACAAGUACAACUAAACAAGUAAAACAAUAACAGGAGAGCUGCAUUUUUGCGUGUUUAAACUAUCACAAAAAGCAGAGGUCUUAAAGGUGUUCUUCCAAGUCUUUUGUUUGGACUGAGGAAGUUACCAAGUACACACCUGAUCAAGCA